GAUAUUUCUAAAAGUUGUUCAAGUCGGGUUGCCGUAGUUUUGCAGCAUCUUACCUUCAAGUUUGUUCAAGUCCAGUUGCCGUAAAUUUGUCUCAAAGAUACUCGAGCCUAAAACAGGACCAUCCCCACUUUUCUAGACAUAAGCAUCAUGUUAAAUAUUUGUGUCCGAGUAAAGUCAUUUUGCUGUAUUUUGGAGUUUCUUGACCUAGCUUAGCUAAAUGUAGCUUAUCUCGUCUUGUUAGCUGGUAAUAGAAUAACCCGGUUUUGAUCAACACGUCGAUCAGCAAAGAUCAGUGUAAGCAUAAUGUUUUUGUGUGUGAAGAUAUGAUCAAAAAGACACCCCCAAGUACGAGGAGGAACUUUGUGCAGUAAAACAGGACAACGAGCGACAACGUCAAGUACUGGACGCCAUUAGCAGGAUGCAGCCAAGACGUGUUCUUCACAGAGCAGAGCCAGAGCGCCUCCACAUUAAAGAGGAAGAGGUGGACAAAGAGGUGCUCUACUUCAAUGAACAAAAGGAGCAGAAGUAUCAUUACAGCAUAAAAGUGGAGGAGGAAGAAGACCCCCAUAACAUCAAAAAGGAGGAGCAGGAGAAGGAUAUCACCAAGUUCCCUUUGAAGAGUAUAGAUGAUGGUCCAAACAUCAGUGGAGCUAUUCAUCCUGAGCAGCAGGAGCCAAAGCAGCAUCACAUUAAAGAAGAAGAGGUGGACAAAGAGUUCCCCCAGUUGAAUGAGGAAAAGCAGCAGAAGUUUGCUUGCAUCAAAAAAGAGGAGGAGCAAAUCCACAAGUUGCCAUUAACUGCUUUUGUUUUUAAGCAUAAAGAUGGAGGGUCAAGUGAGGCGAGCAAAGUCGCGGAGCCUUCAAGCAGCAGCCCAUGUUGUCAUAUCAGAACGGAAGGUGUUGAGAGCCACUGUGAAGGAUCACAAGCAGUCGGCAUCUUGGCUUCAUCAGAUAGUGAGGACACGUCGUCUCAUGGAAAUGAUGAUGAUCAGUCUGGCGGUGAUAUUACACGUCACUGUGUAAACAAACACUGGAAAUGUUCUCAGUGUUGGAAAACGCUUGCUUGUCAGAGUAGUUUAAAACGACACAUGAGAAUACACACAGGAGAGAAAACAUUUUCCUGCUCACUUUGUGGCCAAAGAUUCUUCGAGAAGGGAAACUUAAAAACACACACAAUAACCCACACCGGUGAGAAACCUUUUAUCUGUUCAGUUUGUGGCCAAGGAUUCUCUCGGUUGGGAGGCUUAAAGACGCACACAAGAACCCACACUGGUGUGAAACCAUUUGCCUGUUCAGUUUGUGGACAAAGAUUCUUCGAGAAGAGAACUUUAAAGUCACACGCAAGAACCCACACUGGCGAGCAACCUUUUUCCUGCUCGGUUUGCGGCCAAAGAUUCUCAGAGAAAAGAAACUUAAAAAGACACACGAGAACGCACACUGGUGAGAAACCUUUUUCCUGCUCACUUUGUAGCCAAAGAUUCACUCAGAAGGGAAGCUUAAAAACACACACAAGAACCCACACUGGCGAGAAACCUUUUUCCUGUUCAGUUUGUGGCCAAACAUUCUCACAGAAGGCAGGCUUAAACAAACACACAAGAACUCACACUGGUGAGAAAUAUGUUGCCAGCUCAGUUCGUGGGCAAAGAUUCUUAAAGAAGGGAAACUUAAAAAGACAAUCAAGAGCCCAUAGAUAUAAGAAAGUAACUAGAAAAACAGAGGUUCAAAAAACCUAGGGAUCCGUACAUCUCAUUGAUUCAGGUGCAUUUGCAUAAAAUUAUAACCACACAUAAAAUCAACAAAAGUAUUCUACUCACAAUCACAUUUACACAUUUCUUGACAGGUGGUCAACUAAGAGGUGAUAAGAAAUGUUUUUACAAUAAUUUUACGAACUGAAAAGAGGUGAUAAGAAAUGUUUUCACAAUAAUUUUAUAAACUGAAAUGAAGUUAUAAGAAAUAUUUCUACAAUAAUUUUAUGAUCGGAAAUGAAGCGAUAAGAAAUGUUUUUUUUAUAAGUUUAUGAAGCCUCCCACUGGUAGAAUAUCUUAAUUUGUACAAUGACAAAAUCAUUCACGUUUUAUAAAUUCAUAAAUGUUUUAUAGUAAUUUAAUAAUUUAAAAAGUCUUGUGCCCUUUGAAUCAUCAAAUGUUUAUUGGUUUUAUGAACUGAACUGUAUUUUGUACACUUUGACUCAACAAAUGUUUCUUGGUAUAUUGUUUGAGUAACUUGAGUAUUUUGCCUGAAAGUUAAGGUCAGUCUCAAAUCAUUCGAGAAUGUCCUGUACAAAAGGGAAUGUUAUUUCAAAUAUUCCUAAAGUGUGGACGGAAGGAAGCAUGACUGAAUAAAAAGAUGAGAAUGAAUAA